AUGGGUCAAAUAUACACCGACAAGCUUUCAAGAAGAGAAUGUCGUGCGAAGGCCGCUAGACUGCUGGGGAGCCCUGGAUGGAGAGUAAUAGCAUACGUAGUAGACAAAUUCAGCUCGGUGUUGCCCGGCACAGUGUGGCUACAUGACCCGGACUCCUUCCAAAUUGCAGUAAUGAUCUAUGGCACUAAGCUGUCGGUCUCCACUGGUGUCGUGGGCAGACGGCAGAGUGGAUGCGCUUGUAGGGGAGACAUUAGUCAAUCAAGACGGCGGCCUGUAGAGCGAGACCCAGAAUGGCACCCAACGCCCUGUCACUGGAGUCUCUCUCCGAUGGUCGAUCCAUGGGACGCCACAAUGACCCCGGGGUGCUGCAAAAAUAAGACCAGGAUCAAUAGCCACAUGGAGAAAGCUGGGUGGCUUUCUCAAUCUGGUUUAGAUGAUGUUGAAGAAUGUUCUUCCACGGGUUUCAAAUUGAUGAGACUCGGCCACGACCGUGCUGGUGUGGAUAGUGUCGGAGCAUGCAUAGCAGGGCAAAAGAUGGCCAUCACCAGACCCCGAUUAGCGGAAGACCCCGGAUGGCUCCUCCCCAACAAGGUUUCGCGCCUCGAUAAAAGCUAA